AUUAUCCCGAAGCGAGACAAUUGGCAGAGGACCGCUAUCACCGAGUGCCAGCAGUUCGAAUCCGAGGUAUAAAAACCCCGACGACGUGCCGUCGACGACUCCAACACAACUCGUCCAUCUCAAAAUCCUCCCACCCACAACCUCAAUCAGCAACCUCUGCCUCCAAUGCACCUGCAAACCCUGCUCCACCUGUCCCUCCUCGGAACUGCGCUCCUGGCUACCGCGCACCCGGGCCACCACGACGAGCACGAAGCGCUGCAACUGCGGUCAUUCAAGCGCAGUCUGGCCGCCAGGCUGCAGAAGUGUGCGCCCAGCCUCGAAGCCAGCGGCGUGCGUGCCCGCGCCGAAGCCCGGCGCCGCGCACAGGUCGAGCAGCACCGGCGCCAGGUGCGGGUGCGCGACACCGCCAGCGCGCUCAACGCCUCGCACGAAGCGACGCGACCGAUCUCGCCCUUCUCGCCCGCGUCGUACGUCUUCAACGACGACAAGAACAUCUGCCUCCUAGGCCCGAGCCCGGAGGGCGAAACCGGACCGUACUGGCUACCCGGCGAGACCAUCCGGUCGCGCAUCCGCGAAGACCAGCCGGGCAUCCCCGUGGUGAUCGAGCAGCAGUACAUCGACGCGGCGACGUGCCAGCCGAUCCCGCGGCUGUGGACGGAGAUCUGGGGCUGCAACGCCACGGGCGUGUACUCGGGCCUCGUGGCCGAGGGCAACGGCAACGCCGCGGACCUGGCGAACCGGCAGCGCAGCUUCCUGCGCGGCGUGCAGCAGACGGAUAGAGAGGGAGUCGUCACAUUCGAAACCCUCUUCCCCGGCCACUACGCCAGCCGCGCCACCCACUACCACAACAUCGUCCACGUCAAUGCCACCCUGCUUCCCAAUAACACCCUUGCCGGCGGCGCGGUUCCCCACAUCGGCCAGAUCUUCUGGGACCAGAAGCUCAUCGAGGCUGUCGAGGCUACCUAUCCUUACAAUACCAAUGCCAUUCCCAUCACGCCGAACGCCGAGGACCGCGUCAUUGGAGUCGAGACUCAGGGCAGCGGUGCGGAUCCAUUUCUUCAGUUUGCGUAUCUGGGUGAUAAGAUCGAGGAUGGCCUGUUUGCAUGGAUCACAGUCGCGGUGGAUUUGUCGGCUGUGCAUUAUCCUUAUUUCACCAAUGUGUGGACGGCGGAGGGCGGCCAGGCGGUGCAGGGCACGUCUGAUGGCGACCCUAGGGCGAUCGAUGGGGGGCUGCCCAGCACGACUAGUGCUGCUUAGGGUUGUGUAUCGUGAGUAUCAUGGUGGAAGGCGUGUUAAAGGGCAGUGCGGUGAAAGCCCUGAGGUAGAAUGGCUGCCAAGGUAUUUAGUAACUAUAGAUAUCCGCCGA